UCCGCGGGCGCGUCGAGUGCUACAGCAGCAGCGGCGAUGGGGACGGUGGGCUUAGGGAUGGUGGACUGUCACUGCCACCUCUCCGACCCGGACUUUGACCGCGAUCUGGAUGAUGUGUUGGAAAAAGCCAAGAAAGCCAAUGUUAUGGCUCUUGUGGUGGUUGCUGAACAUUCAGGAGAAUUUGAAAAGAUUAUGCAACUUUCAGAAAGGUACAAUGGGUUUGUCCUGCCAUGCUUGGGUGUUCAUCCAGUUCAAGGACUUUCACCAGGAGACCAAAGAAGUGUCACAUUAAAGGAUUUGGAUGUAGCUUUGCCUGUUAUUGAGAAUUAUAAGGAUCGAUUGUUGGCAAUUGGAGAGGUGGGACUAGACUUCUCCCCUAGAUUUGCUGGCACUGAAGAGCAGAAGGAAGAGCAAAGACAAGUCCUAAUCAGACAAGUCCAACUCGCCAAAAGACUCAGUUUGCCUUUAAAUGUUCACUCACGUUCUGCUGGAAGACCCACCAUCAGCCUCUUAAAUGAGCAAGGUGCUGACAAAGUGCUGCUACAUGCAUUUGACGGUCGGCCAUCGGUAGCCAUGGAAGGAGUAAAAGCUGGGUACUUCUUCUCAAUUCCUCCUUCUAUCAUAAGAAGUGGACAGAAGCAGAAACUUGUGAAACAGUUGCCUUUAACUUCAAUUUGCUUAGAAACUGAUUCCCCUGCACUAGGACCUGAAAAACAGGUACGGAAUGAGCCCCAAAACAUUUCCAUUUCAGCAGAAUAUAUUGCCCAGGUGAAAGGGAUCUCAGUGGAAGAAGUUAUAGAAGUGACAACACAGAAUGCAUUGAAACUGUUUCCCAAGCUUCGCCACCUGCUACAGAAAUAGCUUCAAAACCAAAUCAGCUGUCGGGGGCAGCAUUUG